AUGGUUGGUAAACCGCCGCGUGGGGUUGGAAACUACGAUAAACCGAACGGCGACGAUAUCGAACCCGUCAAAGCGGUGCCGGUGUCGACGUCGGGGCGUGCCAAGGUGGGAUGGGUGCGCAUCAACACUCUGGGCGUUGUCAACCGGUUGUCGAUGGAGAAGACAAAAAUCGCGACUUUGCUCAGGGUACCGCUGCGGGAUUUGCGCGUGCUCGAACCGACGACGGCAGAUUCGUACUCCGCCGCGGUACUGUGUCGUGAGCGCGCGAUCGUGGUGAAUUUGGAGCAGAUUAAAGUGUUGAUCACCGCCGAAGAAGUCAUCAUGACGGAUUCGCAAACGAGCACGGUGACGCACUUUUUGCCCGAGCUCCAAACCCGGUUCGAAACAUCGCCCGAAAAAGAAUUACGCCAGGCGCAGCCCACCACGGAUGAGUUCCCGUUUGAAUUCGUAGCCCUGGAAGUUGCGCUGGAGAUGGUGUGUAACACCCUGGAGGUAGAGGCGAACAAAGUCGAGCUCGACGCCAAGCCCGCGCUCGAGGCGCUUCGUAAGCGGGUCGACAACGUCAACCUCGAACGCGUGCGAAGGAUGAAGACGAGACUCGUGCGCGUCGCUGGUCGCGUGAGCAAGGUUCGAGAAGAGAUUCAACGUUAUUUAGACGAUGAUUCCGACAUGCGUGACAUGUAUUUGACGCGUAAAUCGAAACAACAGUCGGAAUCACUCAGAAGGGAGGGCUCCGUGACGUCGCCUCCGCCCAACGGCGCGGAUGGCGGCCAACGAGGCGCGACGGCGCACUAUCAGCUCGAGCACGCAUUGAGUGCGUCGAGCGGACGAUCUCCGCUCGGUGUGCACGGCGUGCACACACAAAACAAGGAUCUACAAGAGCUCGAGGAUUUACUCGAAACGUACUUUACCCACGUCGAUUCCACCCACCGCUCGCUCAACGGUUUGAACGAGUACAUCGAUGACUUGGAGGAUUUGAUCGAAAUUGAACUCGAUUCCCAGCGUAACCAGCUCAUCAAACUCGAGCUCAUCCUGACCACCGCGACGCUGUGCCUGACGUGCUUCUCCGUCGUCGUCGGCAUCUUUGGCAUGAACAUCAAAAACAACGUCGAAAAUGAGCAUGGCAUGUUUUUGUUGGUCGUCUUGCUCGGUUCAGCGGCGACGAUCGGCAUGUUCAUCAUCCUGUUGCGCGUGUGCCGAUAUUACAGGCUCUUCUAG